AUGCCGCCACUGUUUAAAAACUUAAGAAACCCAUUACUACUUCUGAUAAUCAUAGCAAGUAGUCGGGCAUACAAUUCAAAACAAACAGAAUGCGCAUUUUCACCACAAUGGGAAGGUACAUGGUUUCAAAGUGGUGUCAGACAGCCAAUCCUAAUAUCAAAAAAUAUUUUAUCUAGUAAAGGUAGAUGUCUUCGUAACGAAGGAGACAAGUUUCUUGUUGUUGAUGAAAAAUCGUGCUAUCGGUGUGUUGUUAUUCACGAAAAACAUACGAACGUCUUGCAGUACAAAGAAACGUUCUGCCACACCAGAAAUUCUCUGGCGUCACUUUGUUCAUACAUAACCGGUGACGCACUGCUGUAUUCAAUGUUUCGGGAAGAGUCGAUAGCUGUAUCUUGUCCUUUUCGUGGUCCUAUGACAUUCACUUACAACCGAGGACAUGGAACAUGUUCAAGUCCAAUCAGUAACGUUGACACCUGCACUGAUGACAGCAGACUUCUCUUUAGAUAUCAAGCAUGUCCAGACGUACCUGCAUCCGAAAGUGCAAUAGAAGAGCUUGAAUGCAUAGCAUUGUGGAAAGAAGGAAGUAGUCGAUACUUGGUAGGUCGACUACACCACGGCCAUGCUUCAAGUAACGAAGAGCGUUAUAGAUGUUUUGUUUAUGAACGAGUUAGUCCCAGUAUUAGUGGUCUAGGCAGAACAAUUUUAGGAAUGGACACUAUUGAUCAAGAAAUUACCUUCCCAGCGAUUGGACCUAUACUUGAAAAUGCUCCAGAUGUAUACCGAGUUGCUCAAAGUGGUGAUGCUACUUGUAAUGGUCUUUUUAGUCCUAUGGAAGGGUCACGGACAAUGACGUUAACAAAAGCUUCAACUCCAGGAAGGUGUCCCUUUCCAGAAUGGCUUACUGGCUUUUCUAAUAGUGGUCUCACAUGGCAUACAUUAGAUAUGAGCAGAUCGUACACUUUUCAUUCUCGAAAUGCGACUCUGCAUAUAUCCAGGAUUAAUUCCAGCAAUUCCUCGUUUGAUGCUAGUUCCUUUGGUUCUCCAGAUAUUGUCGAUAAUGAAGAAGAACAAGAUAUCAAAAUUGUUUGCAACAGCAUAAGACAAUCAAAUCCUUCACAGACAAUAACAAUGCUUGUAGCUCAUUUUACAGUUGGCUGCCAAAGUGGUUUUAUAUGCAUGACGUUUUACAAGAGGGAUAGUCACAUCAUGGAAGUGCAAACUGGAAAUAGCGCUCUAACACGAGAGGAAGCAUGUGGCCAUUCUAACUAUCAAUCUCACAAUAUUCCUUACCUCACAUUAGUUGCCAGUUCUUCAAUACCACAACAGUGUCCUUAUCUUGGAAAAUUCACAGUAACCGGUAUCAAUCGUAACCAAAGAAACACACGUGAAAAUUCAAAAUCUUUCCAAAAGUCUUUAAUUAUUCAAAUACAACCAACUGAAAGAGUUAGACAUAGUGAAGAUCAUAAAUAUGAAAAUUUUGAAAUUGAAACUAAAAGAAGAAGUAUUAAUAAUAAAUAUUCGAUCCGCGAACGUAUCGGACGAAAAGUCAGGUCUAACCAUUCAAACCGUUAUCAUAGUAACAUUAAAGGCACAAGAACUCGCAGAAAAUCCAUUGUAGAAGUAACUAAUAAAUCACCUUAUAGAAUAGCAAGAAGUCCAAAAAUAAAUAAUUGGCGAAUGGACUUGGAUACAAUUCUUAACCUUCAUAAAUCUUGGUCUUCUAAAUCAAAAUAUAAUGCAUUGCAAAAAUUUGAAGCAUUAAAUGAAUAUUUUGAAGAUUUUGGUAAUGAAAGUAAACAACUGAGAAAGUUAUCUGAUUCAGAAGUAAUUGCCUUUUCAAAUAAUAAUUUUUCACGAGUGAAACGAAAUUUUGAAAUAAGAGACAAUGAUAAAAGCAAUAAUAAUUUUGGAAAAAGAGAAAAGCGAGAAAACGAUAAGCUUCCAUGUAAUUCUGAAAUCACUACAUUGACUAUUGGUUGUUCGACUGCUGAUCGAAUGGAAUUUCAAAGUGAAUGUAUAGAUGAUACUGCAUCUAUAACAGCUUAUUCAUGCCACGGUAGGUGGUUUGACAAUGAAGGAACACAGUUCGUAAUAGCAACACCUUUAAUUCCAAAAACUGAUUGGACUAACGAUAAAACUGAAUCUCAGACAUUCGGAAGCAGUCCAAGAUUAUGCUUUAUGUACCGUGAGAAUGGUGGCGUUGUAAGCCUAACUGCAAGUCCAGUAGCGUGUCAAAGGGGUGUCUCUUCAUCUUCUCCAGUAUUGGCUUUCAACGUGACAAGCAUUGGUCGCUGCACGGAUGAUAACAGUAGCAUAAAUCAGCGAGCAUCGAGCCUGAUUAUGAUCACGGCUGUAGUCAUAUUGUACCUUGACAGUCUCAGGUGA